AUGGAUAUUGUGAGUCCAAUCUUUGACAUAUUCUCUCGUCUAUGGACUUGCUCUGCUCAUAAUACAGAUUAUGUUCGUAAACUUAAAAAAAAUCUGAUUACUUUGGAAUCUUCAUUUCAUUCAUUGAGAUGCCAAAGAGAUGAUGUGAUUAGAAGAAUUGACAUGGCAGAGUUAAACCCAACGCAGCCAGCUAAACGCACAAAUGUGGUUAGUGAUUGGCUCCAAAGAGUACAAGCCUUAGAGACAGAAGUACAUGAGAUCUUAGCCAACAACGAAGCUAUUAAGAACGAUGGAGGAUGCUAUUUUUGUUGUUGGGGUCGAAAAAAUUGUUGGAGUGCUUAUCGACUUGGAAAAUUAGUGUCACGGAAGCAGAUUGUCGUGGAGAGUUUGUUGAAGGAAGGCAAUAUCCAAGACGUUACUUAUAGAUGUCAACCAGAUCCCCAUCAACAGAUUCCUACCGUUGAACUUGUGGGCAUGGACGCAAAAUUUAAUGACGUAUUGGAGUCCUUGGUUACUGUGGGAAAUCAUGUGCGAGUUGUCGGUUUAUACGGAAUGGGAGGUGUUGGAAAGACAACUCUUUUACAAAAGGUUAACAACGAGUUUGCAAAAAGAAAACAAUUUGAUUUAGUAAUUUUUGUUGUGGUGUCAAAAGAUCUAGACUUCAAAAGUAUCCAAAAUCAGAUGGGGAAAAAAUUGGGAGUCUCAUGGGAAGAAGAAACUAACAGCAAUGAGAGAGCUAAUGAUAUAUUCGUACUGUCGAAAAAUAAGAAAUUAUUGUUGUUGUUGGAUGAUAUUUGGGAAGGAUUUGACUUGGAAAGAAUUGGAGUUUCAAAGGAUACCUUCCAAAUAACUGGGUCUAAGGUAUUAUUCACGACAAGAAAUAAGCAAGUGUGUGGGUUUAUGGAAGCUGAUAAGAGCAUCCAAAUAGAGUGUUUAGACGACGAACAAGCGUGGAGCUUAUUUCAGCAAAAGGUCAAGCAAGAAGCGCUAAGUUGUCAUCCAGAUGUAACAGAGGUUGCCAAAAAAAUUGCGAAGGAAUGUUGUGGUUUACCUUUAGCUCUAAUCGCUAUUGGUCGAACCAUGUCUAGCAAAACCGAUCUCCACCAGUGGAAAUACGCACUACACACUCUACAUGAAUCCGCAUCGCAGUUUUCUGGUAUGGCCGAUAAAGUAUUAGCUAUUUUGAAGUUCAGCUAUGAUAAUCUGGAAAGCCAAAAGUUGAAGUCUUGCUUCUUGUAUUGCUCGUUAUAUCCAGAAGAUCAUUCUGUUCUACAAUACGAACUCUUUGCAGUUUGGAUAGGUGAAGGGUUUUUGGAUAACGGCGAUGAUUAUGUUAAAGCUCAAAAUGAAGGUCACGAUGUGAUUAGAUGUCUUAAGGAUGCAUGUUUGUUGGAAUCUGGUAUUGCGCUUGGGGUAAAGAUGGAGUAUUUGGUAAAAAUACACGAUGUAGUUCGUGAUUUAGCAAUUUGGGUAGCUUCAGAUCUUGGGAAGAAAAAAAACACGGAUUUAACGUUACAAUCACAUAGCAUAAUGGAGCUGCAUGAAUGGGAGAAAGCAGAGAGGAUUUCUUUGGUUGGCAAUAAAGCAAUUCAUAUACUUAAUGGAGCACCAAACUGCCCGAAUCUCACAACUUUGUUCCUUCAAAACAGCAAUAUUUCUGAUAUAUCUGAUGAAUUUUUCCGGUUCAUGCCCAUGGUUAAAGUUUUAAAUAUGUAUUGCGUGAAACUAAAUAAACUCCCAACCAGCAUGUUUUCACUGUCGAAUUUACGGUCCUUGUAUAUGCCAGAAUUUGAUGAAGAUAUCAUUCUAGCACCUGGGAAUUUAGCUUCUCUAACAAAAAUGAAGAUUUUAUGCCUAUCCGAAUCGUGUUGUCACUGGGAAGUUGAAGGUGGACCAAGCCUCGAUGAAGUAGAAAGCUUACGACAUAUGAUUUGCCUUAUCAUCACAAUUGGAACUGGUCUUGCUCUUCAAAGGUUAGUAACAAGUCCAAAAUUUCAGUCGUGCACAAAAUUCUUAACCAUUAAAUAUUGUCCAGGAAUUACAUCCCUCACAUUUUUACCACCGUCACUGACAUCACCAAGUAUUGUACACAUGAGCCGCUUAAACUACCUGUCUCUUAAAAACUGUGAUGAUUUAGAAGAGUUGAGAAUCAUUAGUCGGGAUGAAGAUACUUUGUUUACGGCCUUGGAGGAUUUGUUCUUUUCUUCCAUGCCAAAGUUAAGGAUAGUAUGGGAUGUGCCUCAACCAUCAUUCUGCUCCGUGAAGCUUAAACGUGUAAUCAUUAGAGGUUGUCCUCAGUUGAAGGAUAUCACAUGGCUGAUCUAUGCUCAGAAUCUCAGAGAACUGAUUUUGGAAAAUUUGGAUGGACUGGAUGAGAUAUUAUCUAAUGGAUUUGCAGCCGAAGAGAAGUUAAUAAAUACGUUUACGAAAUUAAACUAUUUAGUAUUGCGUUCUCUAAAAAAUCUAAAAAGGUUGUGUGACCAAAAUGUGAAAUUCUUUCUUUUAGAAAAGAUUUCUGUGGUGGGAUGUCCAGCAUUGAAGAAGCUACCAUUUAACGCCAAUAGCGUGAUUCCUCGGACUUUGAAGGUCGAAGGAAAGAAGCAAUGGUGGGAAAGCCUAGAAUGGGAAGAUGAAGCCACCAAAUUUAAUCUUGCUCCUUAUUUUCGUGAAAUUUGA